AUGGCGGGCGAGGGCGCGAAGAAGCGCCUUGAGCAAAACCAGCGGCGCCUGGCCGCGCUGCGCAUCGCCAUCCUCACCACCACCGCGCUGUACGCCGCCGUGCGCCUCUUCCUGCGCGCGUCCAGCCGCGGCGCGUGGCACUGGGUCGGGCUCGUGGUGACGCUGCUCGCGCACGCGGCGUCAUACGGGGCCAUCCAGGCGGCGGCGCGCCCGACGUGUUCUAGCACGGGCGCGCUGCUCGAUGGCGGCAGUGACCUAGACAAGGGGACGGCGUCCUCAUACCACGACGUGCUCUACAUCACGUGCGCGGUCCAGGCCGUCUCCGCUUUCACCAACUGGGGCUGGUGGCUUUACGCCUCCGUGCCCGCCUACGCCGGCUACAAGCUGUGGACCCUCUUCAUAUAUCCCAAUUUCAUCAAGGCCAAGCCUGAGGCGGAAGACCAAUUGGAUGACAAGACUCGCGCCAAGCUGGAGCGGGCCGACCGGAGAGCGGAGCGGCGGCGCGUCAAGCGAUUCUGA